AUGGUAGCGCUCGCUUUUGAGGUUGCGUCAGCAUCGAAUAUCACCUGUGAAUCUCUGGUCGCCCCCCAUGUCGAAAAUGCCACGGUGGUCGAAUUCAACACACGCACCAUUCGGAGCAACAUUUCAGAGGUCUGCGAGGUCAACGUCUUCCUAACACACCUUGGCGCCGACGAUCGAGUCAGGAUCCAGCACUACCUACCGCUGAAGGGCUGGACAGGCCGUUAUCAAGGCAACGGAGGCAGCGGUCUGAUAGCAGGGCAAUUCGACAACGAGAUUGCCAUGGCUGCGGCGAGGGGUUCCGUGAGCGGUGCGACUGAUGCCGGCCUUCCUGCCAAUGCAUCCGACGGAUCUCUCUGGGCGGAUAAUGAGCAACUCAUCCGGAACUUUGCCUUCUUAUCCGUUCACGAGAUGACGCUCGUUGGAAAAGCUUUGGCCGAACAAUUCUACAGCACGCCUGUGAGGCGCGCGUAUUGGAGCGGUUGUUCUACCGGCGGCAGGCAGGGCUACAUGGAAGCACAGCGAUAUCCGAAUGACUACGACGGCAUUCUUGCUAGUGCACCAGCGAUCAACUAUGCGAGUCUCCGCAUUGCGCAGCUAUACCCGUUCUUCGUCCAAGCAGCUGCUGGGGAGUUUGCGCCGCCUUGCGUGUGGGAAAGUUUCGGGAAUGCUUCGAUCAAAGCUUGCGAUAGACUUGACGGUGCUGACGAUGGAGUCCUUAGCGACCCAAGCGAGUGCCUGUAUAUUUUUGAUCCGGAGAGCCUUGUCGGAGAGCAAAUUGACUGUACAGGCAACUCCAGUCCCACCAAGAUAACCGAGAAACACGUCGCCAUGUGGCGCAACAUAACGACUGGACCAGUCUUCCCAAAUGGCACCAGGGCAUUUCAUGGCAUCGCACCGGGCACCAGCUUUAGGACGUUGGCACAGACUUCACCAGCGUCCAUCAGCAGUACCUGGGUGCGCGACUUCAUUAUGCGUAACAGCUCCUUCGACCUAAGGACUAUUGCACCGAGCGAUGCACACGCGCUGCUGGCUCUGUCGAAUGACCUGUUUCAAGACAUCAUUGGAACGGACGACCCAGACCUGAGUGGCUUUCGCGACGCUGGAGGCAAGUUGUUGUCAUGGCACGGAUGGAGCGAUGAGUCCAUCUUUGCCAAUGGGACCAUCGACUACAGACUACGGGUUGAGGACAGAAUGGGUGGCGCAGGAGCCGUAGACGACUUCUUUCGGCUGUUCAUGGCUCCAGGUGUAGAGCACUGUGAUGGAGGAAGCGGCGCGGUCCCUAGCGAAGAAAUGGCCCAGUUGAUCGAUUGGGUCGAACACGGCAAGGCACCGGAGAUGUUGAUUGCCAAGGGGAGCAAUGGUCAAGGUCGGAAUCUGUGCCUCUUUCCGAAGAACAUAAAGUUCACUGGGAACGGAGACAUCGAUGAUGCCGAGAAUUGGAGUUGUGAAUGA